GAUCUCCCAUACAAUCAUCGCAGGGUACUUCUUUUUUUUACCCCCAAGUCCCAUUAAUUCGGACUUAAUUAUCAUUCCUGUCGUUUAUGAAAGUGAAUAAGUGACAAUACAAGUGUUGUGAUUGACCACCGGCGAUUUCUCACUAUUUUCCGGAUACAGUCGUCAAUUUCAUUGAGAAAUCCACGUGUUGUGGCGUUCAUCCCCCAAAAAGCCGGCUGUCUCUGCAUGCUGAAGAAUUAUUAUUCAUUAUUAUUCAUUACUUCACCGACAAUUGCUCAGUCAUGGGCCGCAGUUUGAGGGAAUUUUCGGUGAUCAGUGAAGCCGGCAAUUACUGUAAUUAGUUUAAUGAACAGUAGUGAAAAUUGGCGAUUUUGGAGGCAUUGGGAUUGACUCUGGAGAUGAGAAUCCCUUAAGACAACGCCAGGACUUGAUUAUUUGGUGCAGGACUAAAGGACACACUUGUAAUAUGUGAUUUCACCUGGAGUAGCAGUUGGGCACACGUGCGAUCAUUCCGGAAAAACCGCGGUGGAAGGUGACAGUGGGAGGGGUGGAGAGGGGGCAAUCGCCAAAGGCAACAUCAUGGACUCUCACCAACAACAGUUUUGCCUCAAAUGGAACAGUUUUGGGAGUAAUUUGGCAACAGCAUUUUCCAAUCUUUUCAAAAGUGAAAGUCUCACUGAUGUCACACUGUUCUGCGAAGGAGUGACAUUCAAAGCGCACAGACUCAUUCUGGCAGCAUGCAGCAAGCAUUUUCAAGAAUUAUUUGAGGGUAUGCCACCCUCUCCCGCCGGACUCAUUGUCAUUUUAGACGGUACGAGUGCCCACAACAUGGCAUCACUCCUGGAAUUCAUGUACCGAGGAGAGGUGCACGUGUCCCAGGAGUCUCUGAGCUCCUUCUUGAAGGCUGCCGAGUGUCUCCAAGUGAAGGGGCUGUCGAUCGAACACGAAAAAUUGGCCGUGGCCCACAGACACGUGGCAGAAAAUAACAAUUCCUCCGCGGAGUCAGCAAGUGGUAAUACCGAGGUCCUGGAGGCCGAGCCUGACAGAAUUAUGAAGAGGGAACCCACUCCUGCUCCAUCCCCAGCCCCCAAUUACGUUGCACCGAAUAUUUAUCACUCGUCUCACUAUUACGAAAAUUCACAGAAGAGGACAAGGCUAAUGAGAUCACCAAGUGAAAUAGAUGCCCUCGGACGAGUGAGUGUUCUUCGAGAUGGUGCGGCUUUCAGACCAGCUUCUGCACCCCAUCCGUUACUACUUGAGAAUCAUCUCUACCAACCAUUUACCCAUUCCUCUGAGAAUCAAACGCAUCCCCACACUGCACCCCACACCCCGACCGAGCUGGAACGAGAAAUCGAGCCUGAAAAAUUGGAGGAACGUGGAGAUAACAAAGAAAGUGUAGCUGAAGAUUUGCGAAUAAAACAAGAGCCAAUGAUGUUCAGCGAUCGAGAGAGAGCGGAAAAAUUAGCCGAGAGAUUAUCUGGUGAGGUUUAUUCGGGGGGUCGUGGAUUCGAUGCCACUAAUUAUGCAUUGAGUGGGGAGCACAAUAAGGGAGGUGUGGGAUUUAAUCAGGGAGCAUCACUCGCCCAUCCACCAACACCUGAUCUCAGUCCAGCUCCACCGACACCAGCGAGAUGGAAUUCAAAGAUCAACAAAGCUGGAACUGUCACCACACCGGACGGUAAGAAGCUAAAGUGCCCAUUCUGUGAUCGUCUUUACGGUUACGAAACAAAUCUCCGUGCUCACGUGAGACAACGCCAUCAGGGCAUUAGGGUCUCAUGCCCAUUUUGUUCACGUACAUUUACCAGGAAUAACACGGUACGUCGUCACAUCGCACGAGAGCACAAGAACGAAAUGAGCAUUAAAGCAUUUCAAACGUCAACUCAUCAAGUUGCGGACACAGUGCCGCAAUAAAAAAAAAAAUGAUAAAGGGAAAAGCAAAGAAAUGAAAAGAGUCUCGUUCUGAUGGAUUCGAGGAAAUGGAAACAGCUAAAACCAAUGGGCAAGGAUAUCCUACCUGUUGGCCAUUCCUCCAGGGGCCUGGGUAGGUCACCACAUUUUCUUGUGAGCAACUUAUGCCGUUCUGCCACAUCCGGUUAUCCCAUUAUUUCCCCUGAUAAGUUUCCAAAACCCAAAUGAAUCACUGGUUGAUUCAAAUGUACAAAUUAUCUGAGCAAUCAGAGGCAAGAAUUGAAAAUUCUUGGAUUAUCAUUGAUUAAUCCAAGUGUUUUUUUUUCCAUCUGGUUACGAUUUCCCCAUUUUCAAUCUAGCAUUUUGUAAUUAGUACAACAUCAUUGAUAUUAUUGUGCUGAUGAUAAUUGAUGGGUAUUGAGGGAUGGGAAAUAUGCACUUGGAUAUAUGAAUGAUAAAAUAGUGGGACGAAAGGAAACGCUAACAAAUCAUAAAACUAGUCAAUGAAAGUGCAACGGUCAAGUUAAUAUAACAAUUUCAAACGAUAAUAACCGAUAAUCCAUAGACAGGUCAAAAUGGUUAAUGAGUAAAUCUAUAUUAUAAUGGUGGAAUUUGAAUAUGUGGUCGUGUGUUUGAUGAUGUUGCAGAACGAUAAUACGCAGAAGAAAAUAGUAAAUAUUGAUAACCAAAUAAAAUGAAAGAUAGAUAAAGGAAUAAACAAACAAUUCAACUCAGGUAAAAUAUACCAUAAUCGAUGGAAGGGUAUUUUUGUUUUUAUUAAUUAUUUCUACAAUGAAACAAACUACAGGUGAUAAAAUACAAUUGUGAAAAUACAGUUAACUUCUAUUAUACGUAAAACAGAAAUAUGAUAAAGACUACUGACUGGUACAUAGAGGAUAAAUAUAUACACAUAGAAUAUAUAUUUACAAAUUUAAAUGAAAAAAUACAGAUAUAAUAUAUUGUAUGAUAUUGAUACUGCCACGAUUGCAAUAGUCCGUUGUUACUGGUUAAUUGUCGCAAUAAUUAUGCAGAUUAUAUUGAGAUGAAAACACACGUCGAGCCUAGGAUCAAAUUCCAGUUGACCAUAUUACAGUGCCAAUUAACAGUUUAAUCAUGAAAACGUUAACCACGUUAUUUAUCCACGCAUUUAAUCAUCUUGUUUUCAUUUAUUUCAAUAGAAUAAUUGUCUUUAUACAGAUUUAUAUCAACUAUAGCCUGUUAAAUAUCACGAUUGAAAUGUUUCUAUUAUGAUUAUUCAUUGGGACAGGUAAUAGCAGUGUUUAUCUUUAUUGAUAAUAUUAAAUAUCUCGAGUGAAUAAUUUCAACCGUGAUAUUGAACUUUAACCGAUAACCGAGAAAACAAUAGUAGUAGUUUGUUACGUACUUUACUGCGGGAUUUUUUGUCCCGCUGGAACAGAGGGAUUUAAAUACCAAUGAGAUGAAAUAAUAGAUGUUUUUUUAUUGUGUAUCAAUACCAAACUGAUGAUUGUUUAAGCCUCAUGGUGAGUCGAAUUCCUAGUCAGGAUGGCAACACGAUAUUAUUUGUUACAGUAUUUACAGUUCAUUCAAGUUUAUUUUUUUACGUAUGCGAUUAUUCAGUAUAGAACGAUUUAUCUGAUAAAUUACGUCGAACAUUUCCAAGAAUCUCAAUUUUAUUCUUCGAUAACUCAGAUUUAGUUUCUGCUGGUGGAUUAUUAUUUAUGAAGUAUUAUUCAUUACAAUUAUUCAUACAAGAACAAUUCAAUUACUUUUUUUUUAUCUUGGAAUAGAUAUUUUAUUAUCACAAAUGAAAGCAAGAGAUGGAUAUCUCGUGAGAAUUUCUCUGAGAGCAUAAUUCAUGUGGAAAAAUGACAAUCUAUUGAAUUUUCAUCGAAUGACUAUUGAAUAAUUGAGGUUUCGUAAUUUUCAAUGUAAUUUAUCAGAGAAUUUAGCUUUUUUAUUGAAUUUCGUUAUGCGUGCACAACAUAAUGUUUUACUUGUUGUUUCACAACGAUAUGCCUAUAAGUUAUGAGAGACAAUAGAUAUACAGAUUUAUUUAGUGUUGAGAGCCUGGUAUAAUUCAGAGUCAAUGAUGCAGAUGAAUAUCAUAUUUAUAAAACAAUAUAGAAAUAUACAUAAUCCGAAACAUAUACUGCCUUGUGAAAACCUAGGGCUCUCCCAGAAAACCCGUGAGCUCUUCUGAGAAAUAUGAGAAUUUUGUGGCGAGGGCACUGGAAUUUUCUAUCCAUUUUUUCAUACAGAACAGAUACAGUUGAUACAGAGUCCGAAACGACUACCUCAUAGCUUUUUUCAAUGGAAUUUUUACCGAACAUGAGAGGUUCAUUAAAUAUCGGUCCACUGAGGAAAAUUUUGUGCUGAAACUCAGUAGAAAUACCAUUUUCCACAGAAAAAUUCCCAAAGCUCUUGUACAAUUCCUAUCAACAAUUCUAUUAGGUUUAAAUAUUGACGUAAAAGACUAGUGAUUUUUUAUUACUCCAUGGAAUUUAUUUAUUUAAGAUAUUUUCUGCAGGAAUUUCUCAUCUUGAAUGGUUUAAGUUUAACUUCAGGCGUUCAAUGAAAGAAAAUAAUUUAUUGAGACGUUUUCUGUAGAAAAUAAUG